CUGGCCCCUGAACCCAGGAUGCAAGGAUGGCCCGCCUGUCUCUGUCCACCGUGGUGCCUGUGGGCCCCCACAGCCUGCGCCCCUUCACCCAGGAGUCCCUGGCAGCCAUAGAACAGCGGAUAGUGGAGGAGGCGGCCCGGCAGCAGCGGAACAAGGAGAUGGAGAUCACGGAGCCUGAGCGGAAGCCACGGGGCGACCUGGAGGCUGGCAAGAACCUGCCCCUUAUCUAUGGGGACCCCCCGCCAGAGGUCAUCGGCAUCCCCUUGGAGGACCUGGACCCUUACUACAGUGACAAGAAGACCUUCAUCGUGCUCAACAAGGGCAAGUCCAUCUUCCGCUUCUCCGCCACCCCCGCCCUCUACCUGCUGAGCCCCUUCAACAUCAUCAGACGCGGCGCCAUCAAGGUGCUCAUCCACUCGCUGUUCAGCAUGUUCAUCAUGAUCACCAUCUUGACCAAUUGCGUGUUCAUGACCAUGAGUGAUCCGCCUUCCUGGUCCAAGAACGUGGAGUACACCUUCACAGGGAUCUACACCUUUGAAUCCUUCAUCAAGAUGCUGUCCCGAGGCUUCUGCAUCGAUGACUUCACAUUCCUCCGGGACCCCUGGAACUGGCUGGACUUCAGCGUCAUCACGAUGGCGUACGUGACGGAGUUUGUGGACUUGGGCAACAUCUCCGCCCUGAGAACCUUCCGGGUGCUGCGGGCCCUGAAAACCAUCACAGUCAUCCCAGGUCUGAAGACCAUUGUGGGGGCCCUGAUCCAGUCGGUGAAAAAGCUCUCGGAUGUGAUGAUCCUCACCGUCUUCUGCCUGAGCGUCUUCGCCCUGGUGGGGCUGCAGCUCUUCAUGGGAAACCUGCGGCAGAAGUGCGUGCGGUGGCCCCCACCCUUCAACGACACCAACAGCACGUGGUACGACAAUGAGUUGUGGUACGGCAACGACACCUGGGACAGCAACGACACCUGGUACGGCAACGACCCGGAGAGCAGGGCCAGCAACUACACCUUUGAUUGGGAUGCUUACAUCAGUGAUGAAGGGAACUUCUAUUUCCUGGAGGGUGCCCUCGACGCCCUGCUCUGUGGGAACAGCAGCGACGCUGGGCGCUGCCCCGAGGGUUACCUGUGCAUAAAGGCUGGGCGGAACCCCAACUAUGGCUACACCAGCUAUGACACCUUCAGCUGGGCCUUCCUGUCUCUCUUCCGCCUCAUGACACAGGACUAUUGGGAGAACCUCUUCCAGCUGACCCUCCGAGCAGCUGGCAAGACCUACAUGCUCUUCUUUGUGGUCAUCAUCUUCCUGGGCUCCUUUUACCUCAUCAACCUGAUCCUGGCGGUGGUGGCCAUGGCCUACGCUGAGCAGAACGAGGCCAACAUGGCUGAGGAUCUGGAGAGAGAAGAGGAGUUUCAGCAGUUGCUGGAGAAAUACAAAAAGCAUCAGGAGGAAAUGGAGAAGGCCAAGGCUGCCCAGGCUCUGGAAGAUGCGGAGGCAGAAGGUGACCCAGCCCACAGCAAAGACUGCAAUGGCAGCCUGGACACAUCACCAGGGGAGAAGGGGCCCCCACGGCCGAGCUGCAGCGCAGACAGCGCCAUCUCAGAUGCUAUGGAAGAGCUGGAAGAGGCCCACCAGAAAUGCCCACCGUGGUGGUACAAGUGUGCCCACAAAGUGCUCAUAUGGAACUGCUGCGCCCCAUGGAUGAAGUUCAAGAACAUCAUCCACCUGAUCGUCAUGGACCCCUUCGUGGACCUGGGCAUCACCAUCUGCAUCGUGCUCAACACCCUCUUCAUGGCCAUGGAGCAUUACCCCAUGACAGAGGAAUUUGACCACGUGCUCAGCGUGGGCAACCUGGUCUUCACGGGCAUCUUCACAGCAGAGAUGGUGCUGAAGCUCAUCGCCUUGGACCCCUAUGAGUACUUCCAGCAGGGCUGGAACAUCUUCGACAGCAUCAUCGUCACGCUCAGCCUGGUGGAGCUGGGCCUGGCCAACGUGCAGGGGCUGUCGGUGCUCCGCUCCUUCCGUCUGCUGCGGGUCUUCAAGCUGGCCAAGUCGUGGCCCACGCUGAACAUGCUCAUCAAGAUCAUCGGCAACUCCGUGGGGGCGCUGGGCAACCUGACGCUGGUGCUGGCCAUCAUCGUGUUCAUCUUCGCCGUGGUGGGCAUGCAGCUGUUCGGCAAGAGCUACAAGGAGUGUGUGUGCAAGAUCGCCUCGGACUGCAGCCUGCCCCGCUGGCACAUGCACGACUUCUUCCACUCCUUCCUCAUCAUCUUCCGCAUCCUGUGUGGCGAGUGGAUCGAGACCAUGUGGGACUGCAUGGAGGUGGCCGGCCAGGCCAUGUGCCUCACCGUCUUCCUCAUGGUCAUGGUCAUCGGCAACCUAGUGGUCCUGAACCUCUUCCUGGCCCUGCUGCUGAGCUCCUUUAGCGCCGACAGCCUGGCAGCCCCGGACGAGGACGGCGAGAUGAACAACCUGCAGAUCGCCAUCGGGCGCAUCAAGUGGGGCAUCAGCUUCGCCAAAGCCUUCCUGCUGGGGCUGCUGCACGGCAAGAUCCUGAGCCCCAAGGAGAUCAUACUCCAAAUCGGGAGGCUCGGGGAGGCCGAGGAGGCUGGAGAGGCCGGGGAGGCCGGGGAGAGUGCCCCCGAGGACGAGAAGAAGGAACCGCCGCCCAAGGAGGGUGACAAGGACCUGAAGGACAAUCACAUCCUGAACCACGUGGGCCUGGCUGACGGGCCAACCCCCAGCAUUGAGCUGGACCACCUCAACUUCAUCAACAACCCCUACCUGACCAUCCACGUGCCCAUCGCCUCCGAGGAGUCCGACCUGGAGAUGCCGACAGAGGAGGAGACUGACACCUUCUCGGAGGCUGAGGAUGUCAAGAAGCUGCCACAGUCCCUGGACAGGAACUCCUCCGUCUGCAGCACAGUGGACUACAAGCCCCCCGAGGAGGAUGCCGAGGAGCAGGUGGAGGAGAACCCCGAGGGGGAGCAGCCUGAGGAGUGCUUCACUGAGGCCUGUGUGCAGCGCUGUCCCUGCCUCUACGUGGACGUCUCCCAGGGCCGCGGGAAGACGUGGUGGACCCUGCGCAGGGCCUGCUUCAAGAUCGUCGAGCACAACUGGUUUGAGACCUUCAUUGUCUUCAUGAUCCUGCUCAGCAGUGGCGCCCUGGCCUUCGAGGACAUCUACAUCGAGCAGCGGCCCACCAUCCGCACCAUCCUGGAGUACGCCGACAAGGUCUUCACCUACAUCUUCAUCCUGGAGAUGCUGCUCAAGUGGGUGGCCUACGGCUUCAAGGUGUACUUCACCAACGCCUGGUGCUGGCUGGACUUCCUCAUCGUGGGCGUCUCCAUCAUCAGCCUGGUGGCCAAUUGGAUGGGCUACUCGGAGCUGGGACCCAUCAAAUCCCUGCGGACGCUGCGGGCCCUACGCCCCCUGAGGGCACUGUCCCGAUUCGAGGGCAUGAGGGUGGUGGUGAAUGCCCUCCUGGGAGCCAUCCCCUCUAUCAUGAACGUGCUGCUCGUCUGCCUCAUCUUCUGGCUCAUCUUCAGCAUCAUGGGCGUCAACCUGUUUGCCGGCAAGUUCUACUACUGCAUCAACACCACCACCUCCGAGAGGUUCGACAUCUCCGAGGUCAACAACAAGUCUGAGUGCGACAGCCUGAUGUACACGGGCCAGGUCCGCUGGCUCAACGUCAAGGUCAACUACGACAACGUGGGUCUGGGCUACCUCUCCCUCCUGCAGGUGGCCACCUUCAAAGGCUGGAUGGACAUCAUGUAUGCAGCCGUGGACUCCCGGGAGCAAGGGGAGCAGCCGCAGUACGAGGUGAACCUCUACAUGUACCUCUAUUUCGUCAUCUUCAUCAUCUUCGGAUCCUUCUUCACCCUCAACCUCUUCAUCGGCGUCAUCAUUGACAACUUCAACCAGCAGAAGAAGAAGUUUGGAGGGAAAGACAUCUUUAUGACGGAGGAACAGAAGAAAUACUAUAAUGCCAUGAAGAAGCUUGGCUCCAAGAAACCUCAGAAGCCAAUUCCAAGGCCCCAGAACAAGAUCCAGGGCGUGGUGUACGACUUUGUGACGAAGCAGGUCUUCGACAUCGUGAUCAUGAUCCUCAUCUGCCUCAACAUGGUCACCAUGAUGGUGGAGACGGACGACCAGAGCCAGCUGAAGGUGGACAUCCUGUACAACAUCAACAUGAUCUUCAUCAUCAUCUUCACGGGGGAGUGUGUGCUCAAGAUGUUCGCCCUGCGCCAUUACUACUUCACCGUCGGCUGGAACAUCUUCGACUUUGUGGUUGUCAUCCUGUCCAUUGCAGGUCUCGCACUCUCUGAGCUGAUCCAGAAAUACUUCGUGUCCCCCACACUGUUCCGUGUGAUCCGCCUGGCCCGGAUCGGGCGUGUCCUACGACUGAUCCGUGGGGCCAAGGGCAUCCGGACGCUGCUCUUUGCCCUCAUGAUGUCGCUGCCUGCCCUCUUCAACAUCGGCCUCCUCCUCUUCCUGGUCAUGUUUAUCUACUCCAUCUUCGGCAUGUCCAACUUCGCCUACGUCAAGAAGGAGUCGGGCAUCGAUGACAUGUUCAACUUUGAGACCUUUGGCAAUAGCAUCAUCUGCCUCUUUGAGAUCACCACGUCGGCCGGCUGGGACGGGCUCCUCAACCCUAUCCUCAACAGCGGGCCCCCCGACUGUGACCCCACCCUGGAGAACCCGGGCAGCAGCGUCAAGGGUGACUGUGGCAACCCCUCCGUCGGCAUCUGCUUCUUCUGCAGCUACAUCAUCAUCUCCUUCCUCAUCGUGGUCAACAUGUACAUCGCCAUCAUCCUGGAGAACUUCAACGUGGCCACCGAGGAGAGCGGCGAGCCCCUCUGUGAGGACGACUUCGAGAUGUUCUACGAGACGUGGGAGAAGUUCGACCCCGACGCCACGCAGUUCAUUGAGUACAGCCGCCUCUCCGACUUCGUGGACACCUUGCAGGAGCCGCUGAGGAUCGCCAAGCCCAACAAGAUCAAGCUCAUCACGCUGGACCUGCCCAUGGUGCCAGGCGACAAAAUCCACUGCCUGGACAUUCUCUUCGCCCUGACCAAAGAGGUCCUGGGAGACUCGGGGGAGAUGGACGCCCUCAAGGAGACCAUGGAGGAGAAGUUCAUGGCAGCCAACCCCUCCAAGGUCUCCUAUGAGCCCAUCACCACCACCCUCAGGAGGAAGCACGAGGAGGUAUGUGCCAUCAAGAUCCAGAGGGCCUACCGCCGGCACCUGCUUCAGCGCUCGGUGAAGCAGGCGUCCUACAUGUACCGCCACAGCCAGGACGGUAGCGGGGACGGGGCCCCCGAGAAGGAGGGGCUGAUCGUCAACACCAUGAGCAAGUUGUACGGCCCCGAGAACGGGGACAGCGAUGUGCAGGGCAAGGGUGAGGAGACGGGCUCCACGGGGGACGCUGGACCUGCCGUGGGGCUCACGCCCAUCAGCCCCUCCGACGCUGCCCUCCCUCCCUCCCCACCCCCAGGGCAAACAGUACGCCCGGGGGUCAAAGAGUCUCUGGUCUAGCAGGUGGCAGUGAGGUGGCCAGCUGAGGCUGGUAGAGCCCUGGAGCUUCCCCAAAGCUGCCUGCAGGCUGAGGGCGCGGGACUUUGAGUCGAGGACUGAUCCAGCUCCCUGUUGGGGACAGGACGUGGCCACUGUGGGGCUAACACCUAGGCCAGAGCCCCUGCCUCCCCCGGCCAUGGAAAAUGGGAAUUGCAAUCCGAGGCUCCACGCUGGGCCCAAGACCCCUGCCUCUGUGAUUUCGCGUUCAUGUUGCUCUCACCUCCUCAGGGGCCCUGCUGCCUCUCCUCUUGGCCUGGAGGGCGGUUGGAACAUCAGAAUCUCUGCCCCCACUGUGGGAGGAGCCGGCCUGCGAUGGAGGGAUUGGCUGCCCUCUUGCCACCAGAGUCUUACAGGCUGCUGGCCUCUCCAAAGACGCCCUACCCUCAGGGAGAGCAGACACCUGGCCCCAGGGCCCGCCAGCCGCCCCAUCUCUGGGACAGUUUCCCCAGCGGCUCAGGAAUUCCCUGGAAAAGGGAAAAGUUGCUGGUCUGCAAUGGCUCCACCAGCCUCAUUGGCCACUGGAUCCUGGUGCAUCGGGCUGGGGUUGUGGCCCCUGAAACCACUUCCUGGUGUGUCCACUGUCCAGACCUCCAGCCCCUGGCUGGCCCCUGGGGAAAGAGCACAAGGGAAGACCCCACUUGGGACCUGCCUUUUUCUAGAUCGUGUCCACCAGAGUCUCACAGCACUGAGGGCUCUUCUUGGCCUGAACUCCCAGACCUGGGGUAGGGCGGGAACCCCAGCACUCAGGAGGAAACAUCUUGUUCCCUCCCUCCCCUCCUCCCUCCUCAGCCUUCCCUACCACCCCCACCCCCUCAAAAAGUGAUCCUAAGAAUGUUAUAGUUGAGCCCAUGUUAGAGAUUUCACACUGGGCCAUGCCCAGCCCACCUGGCUCAGGCCCAACCUUCCAACCUCUUGCUGCCUGGAAUGCCGGGAGCCCUUUUGCUGGCACAGCCGAUCUGGGCACGGCAGUGCCAGGCCUCCACUGGCUCCCGGAGAACAGUCAGAGGCUGAGCUUGGAGGAGGAGUCACUGGAUUGAUUCACUUGUGUGUGUGUUCAAGUGUGUACACCAUUGUGUCCCACGACGCCUACAUAUGCAUGUGUGUCUGGGUCUGUUUGUGGAAAUGUGUGUCAGUGGGCCCCUGUGCAGUCUGGCUGGUGUGAGUGUGUCUUCUGUAGAGGCCUGUCCGUGUGAGUGUGUGUACGCCUGUGAACACAUGUGCGAAGUUCGAGUCCCUGUUGGCCUUAGUUCCUCUUCUUUUUCUUGUUUCUUGUGAACACGUUUGAUUACAACUCAGGAAGCAGCCAAACCUCCAAAACAAAGUGCAAGUGUGUGUGUGUGUGUGUGUGGCCCACAGGCCGGAGCCCUCUGUUCUGUCUGCCCCGCCCUCUGGCCUCCUCAUCGCCCAGCCUGGGCGCCCCCCUCUCGCUCCCUGUGACUCCAUGAUCUUCCCUUCUGCUGCUUGUCUUCGUCACACCCGUGCCCAGCCCUGCUCGGUGUCUCCUGCCUGUGUCCUCUGUGGAAGGGGCCCCACUCCGUCCGGCUCUUCCUUCCGAAGGUUCACCCUACAGGGGGCAGCCUCCUCCCUGGCCAGCACCCUGCCCGCUGCCUUUCCCUCCUCGGGCCCGGACUGGCGUGGCCCCAAGAGCCUCUGCGUCUGUUGGACUGGAGAGACUGUGUACAGACUGUAGCGCCUCCCCCUGCCUGUGCCCCCUCCGCACUGGCAGACCCACACCCGUUCGUGCCGUGCCCGGGUAGGCACAGGCCCAAGCCAGGCCAGCAGACAGGCCCCUUUGUACAGUUCUUACAAUAAACCUCCCCCUCGAG